GCUAUAAAGCAUCCCGUACGCAGCAGGCGGCACCGCCACAGGACCCUUCAGCGUACAGGCCCGUAGGGGCUGCGCAGUUGCCGGCGUCAAGUUCGUUGCAUACUUCUGCGCCGCCCCCAGGCCAGCCUACUGUUCCCGUAGGUCUGACCUCUCAACGUCAUGUACCACAAAUAGUCAGUAUUCGUGCUGGGCAGGGUCCGGCAGAUCCUCAAACGCCGCUCAUGAUACCUAAAUCGUCGAGCACGGCCACCGUCAAUCGCCCGCACGAGCAAGCGUAUCCGGACCCUGCGCGCCAGUACGAACCGCACACAUACCCUGCGACAUCGGCAGAGUAUGCAUCACACUACGGUGACGCGCCGAAGAGGUCUCGCCAUGCUACUCAGGCUCCUGCAACUGCUCAACAACCCAGCUCCGGCGAAUCUGGUAUCGCAAAUGCACAUAGCAACGGCACGGCCUCUGGCUACCUUCAUCCUGUGCAACAGGCUAUCAGAUCCGUCGAAGGUAUCGCCAGACCGCCCUCAACGCGUCCUGGGGUGAAGAUGUCAUCUGCAAGUGUCACGACAGCACAGGCGCAGGCUACAGAUCCUGCGACGAGGUAUGCAGCGACUCAGAGGGAUUAUGAGCGAGCCUAUCCGCAGAAGUCGACCACUCCAGCGGUGGGCGCCUAUGCUCCUGGCCAGCAACCGCAUUCCACGCCACAGUACUCGACGUCGGAUGUGCGUCUUCCAGGUGCAUAUCCACCGUCGCCAGCAAACGCGCAGCAGCAGCCCAUGCAUUAUGUUGGUAGCGCGCCUGCCCCUGGCGCAUAUGGGGUCCCUGGCGUAGCGACCACAAACACCUCUCAGACCGACGAGAAGACCCCUCGGGCGCGGCCAGUGGACCUGUCUGUCCAGUAUCAGACGUCAACGUUCCCUUCAGCCCAGACCAAUAUCGCGCAGGAUUCUUCGAAUUCGAAAAUGGCUUCUGUACUCUCUCCUGGGGCGCAUUCGAUCACUGUGGCGCAAGCAACAUUCGCGCCGGCUCGUCCACCAACCGCUGGACCCGACAGCAAGGCCCAGUGGUCCGCCACUUUUUCUGGAGGAGUGUCCUCCCCGCCGCCGGCACGAUACGCUGACACGCGGCAGCCCCAAGAAGGGUACCCCAGUCAACAGGGCAUCGGAGGACAUUCCCCUAAUCGCCAGCCUCAAACUUACGUCGGGCGUUCCCCGGGCGUCGCGAGCACAGCGCAGCUUGAUGCAACACCCAGGCAGUACUCGUCGUCUCACUUGCCUACGCACAGGAAUGGCUCGACCGAUACGAUUCAGCAAAACGGUCCUUCGAAAUACUCGCCCAGUCUUCAGCAUAACCAACAAACAUUGAACCAUCGUACUAGUGUUGGUAGCCUGCAGCCUCACGCCUCCUCACGCCCGGACACGACCCCAACUGCACGACCUAAUGUAUUGUCAGGAUACCCAGAACCGCCUACUCGAUACCGCUCGCCUGCACCGAUACCAAUACCGUUCCGCGCACCAUCUACGGUUCCCAAUCCACCGACUUCUGCGUCACAGCCAUACAGCAUACAGCAGUCCUCCCGACCUUCGCUUCCCACCAGUACUUCUGCACCUACGCAUGAUUCGUCUUUUAUGUCUCCACGAGGGGCUCCCGUCUCGAUGGUACAAUCCCAAUCAACAACUGCUCGUGGACACCAUCAACCACCGACCACGGACUACAGUGCGCGCGCGCCAGACCAAUAUGCUGCCUCAUCGCAGCGUCCACCUCGUGCUGCACCACCCUUGGCGCCGACUGCGAACGCUAGGCAGCAAUAUGACGUCUCGUCUCCGUCGUAUCAGCCGUCCGUCGUACCACCAUCCUCUGCGCCACCGCGUUCAGGCACGUUUCCAACGCAACAGACUCGUCGCGCGCAAGAAUCAAGCACCCUUCCUCCUACUCACCAUUCACGUGCCGCGUCCGAGCCACAUUAUCCGGCCAGCGCAACCCGUCCUCCGUUGACUGUCCAGACGAACACGCAGCAUACCAAGAGUCGCUCAGCUACCCAACCAGCUCCGGCCGCCUCUGAGCAGGAUCUCCUACUCACACCUUCAUCCUUGGCACCCUCGAUGCUGCCCCGUCAGCACUCGAAUGCCUCGAGCUUCCUUCCCCCACGGUCCAGGGGAACAGAGCAGAAGCUGUCCAAAGACCAGGACAAGGACAAGGACAAAGAUUCUCGUAAGAAAGGAGGAUUUUUCUCUGGUAUCAGCCUCUUCCGCUCAAGGUCCAAUCCACCGAAACCCAUGCAGGAGACCGUUGCGGAGUUCCAGCGUGAGGUACGCCCCCGCAAGCGCCAGGAUUCGGCGCCUGCAGCGCCCAGCGUGCGCUCGCCUCCUCCUGCAAAUCCCGCUCAAUCUGCGCGGCCUGGGCCUGAGAUACAUGAUGCCGUAGCAUCGCCUCGUCGUCGGGAGCAUGUUGACGUGCCUUCGCAAGCGGCACCACCUGCCCCAGCGGUGGAGUAUCUGACUGUCCCGUCAGCGGGCAUGGGGAUACCGUCCUCGAACACGGUGCCCACAUCGAAUGGUAGAAGCCCCACGAAGAUGUUCAGUCCAUUCCGCUUGCUGUCAAAGCGGCAUCGUACGGUCUCGGCAGCAUCCGUCGAGGCAGUGGAUGGAACGGCCAAUACGGUCACAGGGGCUGACUCUACCAGAAGUUCUACCGCGGGCCGAUUAUCUCCUCCUCUGCGAGACCCGAUGACGGCCGCGCAGGAGUGGAGGAACAAGGAGGAAGCCGACUUCGCCGACCGCGGGACAUGGCGACGGCGUCGACCUGGUGUCACAUUCGACAUUGACCCGGACGCUCCCGAAAGGACGACUACUAUUCGUGCGCAGAGCAAAGGUCCUCGUAGGCAACCACAAGCCGUUCAAGAGCAGUAAAUGCUGCGACAUUAUUCUUGUGGUAUAGAUGUGGAUCCAAUCGCUAUGUUAUCGUUGUCGGUAUAUGCUCUGUUAUGUAUUUGUAAAUGCACACCCUCAUACGACUGCUCAAGUGUAUUAUAUCAUCUACGUAGUCGUUGUUUAUUUGUACAAUUUUUGCCAAUUAUAUGGGACUGUCGUGUCGAGCCACAAAUUUCUG